CGAGCGAUUCACACGGAGAACAACAACCAUUGAAGUUAAAUGAAUUUUAGCCUCAACUUGUGCAGUUGCCGGCUGUAAAAACGACUCAAAGUAGUUAAUAAUAUCAACAUAACUCACCAUCGAUUCAUCUCAUCUCUGUGUUCAACACUCAUGACGUCAUUAUCUCGCGUCAAGAUGGCUUCGGUGAAGAAGGGGAAGAAGGUGGUGAAUCAGGAUGAGUUACGGCGAUUAAUGAGAGCGAAGAAACUGUCGAGUGAGCGGCAGAAACGCGUUGAAUCUCCGUACGCAAAGUACAACUGUGUGGGUCACUUGAGCUGCGUGCUGUGUAACGUUCAGGUGAAGUCUGAGCUGCUGUGGCAAACACAUGUGCUGGGCAAACAACACCGAGAUAAAGUGAGCGAACUCAAGAACAAAUCAUCAUCAUCUUCGUCAUCUUCUUCAGUGCUGAAGAGAGAAGCUCCUGCGGACACUUCAUCAUCAUCAUCAUCAUCAUCAUCGGUCAAGAGAGUAAAGCUGCAGGACGCUGCAGGUGUCACAGCUAAACUCCAGGAGGGCAAAGCUGCAUCUUCACAUCACUCUGCAGGUCUGGGGCUCUUGGCUGGACACUACGAUGAUGAAGAUGAAGACAUGGACACAAGCAGUAAAACUCCAGCUGAAGACGCCGUUCCUGCUGCCGCCACCGGCACUCUUCCUGCAGACUUCUUCGACAGCAGCGUCCACGCCGUGUCUCACUCAGGUUCAGUGUCCAAAGCCGGCGAUGAUGGAGAGACUGCGGCGGCGGAGAAGAAGGACAACACAGCCGAAGCUUUACCUGAGGGCUUCUUCGACGAUCCCGUACGAGACGCCAAAGUCCGCAACGUAGACACACCCAAAGAUCAGCUGGACAAAGAGUGGGAGGAGUUUCAGAAGGAGAUGCGGCAGGUGAACAGUGCGUCUGAUGCCAUCGUCGCAGAAGAUGACGAGGAAGGCCGUCUGGAGCGACAGAUCGAUGAAAUCGACGAGCAGAUCGAGUGUUUCCGGCGAGUGGAGGUGUUACGAGCCAAACAGGAGGUUGUGAAGAGUACGAUGAUGAAAGAGAAAUGGCAGAGAGAUGAGACUCAGCAGUCCGGCAGCGAUGAGGAGGACGACGAGGAAGAGCUGAUGCACGUGCUGACGCAGGACUGGAGGGCCAAAGGGGCGCUCGCUUAACAUGAAAGACAACGUUGCAUGUGUUUAUCACUUUUGACCCUUAACAAUUACUCUCAAAAUACCGUUUAUUAAAUAUUGUUCAUAUCAAAUGUUGUUGUAUUUUGUGCAUCUACAGAGAUUUGUGAACUUUUAUAUGAUAAUUCAGUUUUUGAGUAAUCUCAAUGUAGUAGGUAAAUCAUGUAACCCAAACGCCCACUGAUUGGGACAUGACCACGAUUUUUGGUGUUUUCGUCAUUAUUUGAAGGUGUGCUUGAAAUUGCUUGAGUUUAGUUCUGAAACAUUAUUUCACAGCACUGGAACUGUAAAAGGAUUAUAGUAGUAAGAGUAUCUUUCGUUUAUGACAGUAUCAUAUGUAAGCAAUGAAAAGACAAUAACCAGUUCAAAAAUCAACACCAGAAUUUCUAUAGAUUUUAUAGAGUUUUUCCAUUUUGGUCAUGUAUGGAGCCCGGUAGAGGAUAAUAAGGGGAUUUGUUUAGCAUUUUCACAAAACAUUUGGCAUUCCCUUGCAAUUAUUUUUGGUUCACUUCACCUGCAAUAGCAUUACCGUCAUUUUACUACAGUUACCACUUUACUGAAACAUGUUCUAACCACAUCUGAAGGAAUAUUCCGGGUUCAAUACAAGUUCAGCUGAAUCGACAGCAUUUGUGUCAAUGUUGAUUACCACAAAAAUUUAUUUCGAAUCGUCCCUCCUUUUCUUUAAAAGAAAGCACAAAUGUGUGUUCCAGUGAGACACUUCCAAUGCAAGUCAAUGGGGUUUAAUCUGUAAACAUUAAAAUACUCACUGUUUCACAAGUAUAGACACAAGACAUAAACUAUAUGUGUGUUAACAUGAUUUUACUGUGAGAAAAUCACGCACUAAAUGCGUCUGUGGAAAGUUAUAGACAAUUUUACAACAUCGUUACCAUGACGAAAUAAAGUCAACAACCCCUAAAACGACUGUAAAAAAUGAUUUAAACAACCUCACGGCUCAAAUAAUUCAUGAGUUUAACAGUAAUUAAUGUAAGUUGUUUUAUAAAAUUAUAAGCGUCACAUUUCUGUGUUUACACCCUCCAAAAAUGGACCCCAUUGACUUCCAUUGUAAGUGUCUCACUGGAACACACAUUUGUGCUUUGAUACAGAAAAGAGGUUUGAGACUAAAUGAAUAUUUGUGCUUAUAUUAUGCCACACAUGCUGU